GCUGCGAAGCUCCAUUUCAAUGUCUGUUCUCAGAGGCUCAUAACGAACCCACCAAAGCCGAAGAUCCCAAAUUUCUUCUGCAGCUUUCAUGGUUUCUAGAAACCCGAACCCUGGAGACGGCUUCUACUUGGAUCCCACCGGUAUGACUUUGCCCGGCCUUGCCCCCUUCUCCGGCGGAACUGUCGACGCAACCCCCUCCUCCUCCGCCGUGGUCGCGGCAGCUUCGACGGCGACGGCGACGGCGACGGCGACGGAAUCAUCGUGGGAGGAUCCAAGCAAGAAGGUUAGGAAGCCCUACACCAUCACCAAGUCCCGAGAGAGCUGGACCGAGCCGGAGCACGACAAAUUCCUCGAAGCUCUUCAGUUGUUUGACAGAGACUGGAAGAAGAUUGAAGCUUUUAUUGGGUCAAAGACAGUGAUACAGAUAAGAAGCCAUGCACAGAAGUACUUUCUAAAAGUACAAAAGAGUGGAACUGGUGAACAUCUCCCUCCCCCUCGACCUAAGAGGAAAGCUGCUCAUCCAUAUCCACAGAAGGCUCCCAAAAACGCACAACCUCAGGCUUCAGGGUCCUUCAAAUCAUCAUCUGCACCAAGUGAACCGGGUUACGUGUUUAGUCAUGAGUCUUCUUCAAUGAUGAUGAAUUCAGGGAACUUUGCUGGUGCACCUCCAUGGACAAAUAACGUGCAAACCAUUAGCUUUUCACCUCUCCAGCAGAAAGCAGGGGCAGUACAGACUAACAACUGUUCUAGCAGCUCCGAAAAUACUCCUAGAACAAGACCCAACAGGAACACGAGUGAACCGGGCAACCAUGGCCAUUCAUUAAGAGUUUUACCAGACUUUGCCCAAGUUUACAGCUUCAUCGGCAGUGUUUUCGACCCAUAUGCUACCGACCAUCUGCAGAAGCUGAAAAAGAUGGACCCCAUAGAUGUGGAAACGGUGAUGCUGCUAAUGAGGAAUCUAUCAAUUAAUCUCGCUAGCCCCGAUUUUGAGGAUCAUAGACAGCUGCUUUCGUGCUAUGACAUUGGCUCGGAGACAACUGAUCCUGGGGGUGGAACAAGUAAAACCCUGAAUAAAGAAAAACCCGAGAUCUCAACUUGAUUUUGCUUCUUGUUCGUCGUUUUUCCCUCCUUCUCACCCAUCUGGAGUCUCGGUAGACACACACACGCCAGGUGACGGAAGGAACUUUUAAGAGUGGCAAAUAUGAUAUUUAUUACAUCCCCGGGAGUGCUGUUUUCCGCAGCUCUGGUGUUUUUUUGGUGUACAUAGGAAGACAGUCCGGCGACAUGGGCGGUCGAGGAUAUGUAUAUACAUAUAUAUAUAAACUUAUAUUAUGUAUUUGGUGUUGGAAUAUAUUAUGUACAGUGUUUUCAGCUAAUACCCAGAAAAAAAAGGACAAAAUUUCUGAAGGUUAUUGUCUGAACAUGUACAGUCUGAGCUUAUAUGUUUUAUGUAGUGAGUGACUUAUUGGGACGCCAGAGGAUUAAGAUGAAGAGCACAGUAUCCCGUUUCUCCCUAGCUGACACUGAUACUGUGAAUGUAUGUAAGUAAGCACUGUGAUUGUUAUUGUUAUUGAAAUGGGAGUAUAUUGCAGUA